AUGACACACUCACCAUCACCAUCAUCCACCAAACGUCAUACGGAUCGUGACAAACCACAACCAUCUGUAUCAACAUCAACACAAACAGAUCCAACUACGAUCGUAUCAUCUGUUGAAUCUCCCAUACCCACCGAACAACAACGACCUCAAAUCCCAGCCCGAUCACUCUCACCAUCCCAUUCCAGAAUGUUUGAUCGCUUGCCCCAUCCACUAGUCCGAUCAUCAUCGUCUACUGUCGUGCUCCAUACACCGCCUGCAUCAUCGAGUUCGGGGCGUUCGACUCCAACGGCCAUUCUUGAAUUGACGAAAGCUGUGGAUGGACUGCAUAUUGAGACUAGGGUGCCUGGGAGAUCGUAUAGUGCCCCUGCUAGUCCGGUAGAAAAGGUGGGAAUGGAUGAUGAAGCUGGUGCUGGAGGUGCCAAAACUGGAGAAGAGAGUAGGACGGGGUAUGCGACUGAUAAUGAGGGUAGUGUUGUUGAGGAGAAUCAAGGGCGUAAUGAAAAUGUGGGUGCUGCUGCAAAUGAAGCUGCUGAGAGUAAUUCUCAGCAUGUUCGCACUCCUGAAGUCCCUCCAGCUCCAUCUGAAGAAGAGGUACUUGAACCAGAACAUCCAAAAGGGCUGCCUGCUGCUUGUCUCUUUGUCGCCAGUCUCUCAUCAUCUCGAACAGACGAACAACUUCAAGAGUCUGUAUCAAAGCAUUUUGAACAAUGGGGCACGUUGUUGCACGUGAAGGUUCUCAAAGAUGUCAUGUCGAGACCUUAUUCGUUUGUUCAAUUCGAGAACCCAGAUGAUGCAAAACGAGCAUUGGCUGCAGCACACAGUACAACGGUCGAUGGACGACGUAUUCGUGUGGAACAAGCAAGAGUCAAUCGUACAUUGUUUAUUGCUCGUUUUGCUCGUCAUGCUGCUGAUACGUCGGUUCAAUCACACGAGCGAUUCUUGAUGGAUUGCUUAACUCGAUUUGGUCCAGUUGAAGAUCUCACUGUUGUGAAUGAUGACUUUGGUCGAUCACGAAACUGUGCUUAUGUCAAGUUUGCUUUUCGUGAUGAUGCCAUUCGUGCCUUCAUUGGCGUACGACGAAACCAUCGCUGGAUAUGCGAAUGGUGUGAGUCCAACUUGAAUAUGUCUAUUUCUACCGAAUAUCCAGAGAGGGCCGACACAGGUCGAAAUGGACAAUAUGUGGAUUACAAUUCCAUAUUUGUUGGGAAUCUCACUCCAAAAGUCACGUAUCAGUUACUUGAGCAACGAUUUGGAGAGUAUGGAUCUAUCACUGGAAUGAGGUUGCAUGAUGCUGUGAAGAAUGGUGCCACAAAUACAAAACCAGCACAUGCCUUUGUGACAUACAAAGAAGAAGAGAGUGCAUACAGGGCUGUCGAAGAUACGAAUGGCCAAACAUGGAUUGACAGACCUCUCAAAGUCCAAUUGAAAGAAUCGCCAGGCAACAGACCACAACCAUAUAUGAAUCAACAACAUCUACAAACGAGUGCGCAAGCAGCUCCACUUGCACCUCUUCCACCUCAUAUGAUGCCACCAAUCUACAUGAAUCAACAAUAUCAAAAUUAUCCUCCUCCUCCCCCUCCAUUUCCGCAAGGUAAUGCUGUAAUGGAAGGUGGGGGAUUUGUGCCUGUCACUCCUCCAAUGAGUCCAGUACACAUGAGAGUAUUAUCAGGCGACAGUGGUCCACUCUGGAUGCCUACAUAUGAUUAUGAGGGUAUGCCAAUGGGUGAACCUGAGUCGCCAAUGAUGGUAUCAAACAUGAUACCCACAAUGAUGAAUAUUAUACCACCUGGCGCACCAUCACCAUCCUCACAAGGAAUGAUGCCAGCGCCACCAUCAUUUACUCCUCAGAUGCCUGUUACGCCUGUACAACCUCAAAUGAUGCCUCAAACUCCUCUUCCACCGUUCUUUAUUCAAGGAGGCUGUGAUGCUCUGCCAUCACCGUCCCAACCAUUCCAAACUCCACAAUUCCCAUACAUGCUUCAAUAUCCACCAGGACUCCCAUACCACGGAGGUCCAAAUCCAACAAACAUAUCACCGUACGGUCCUGGUCCAGGUCCAGCAGCUGCACAAUACAUGAGGCCUCAAAGAGCUAGAUCCGGAAUGCAGGCUGGUUUGAGGUCUCCAACAAUAGGAAUAAUGCAUGGAAGACCUGGAAAUCAAGAUCGAUCUGCAUUUACAGGUGGUGGUGCGAAUGCUGUUGCGUCUACUACUAGUAGUAAUGCUGGUACAGCUGGAGCAUUCCAAUAA